GCGAACAAGAACAACCCCCCUUCUUCCAUCCUCCAAAGGCAACUCGCUCUCAGACGGUGCACCAAUAAUAACAUCGUCAACACAUCAUCCACCAUGACUUUCCACAACAUCCACGGCGGCAACAACCACCCUCAGGGGUACGGCCAGGGAGAGGCGGCCUCCUACUAUGCCAGCGCUCAGCAGCAGCAGCAAUACCCCCCGCAGGGGCAGCCCGGCCGCGAGUCUUAUAACGCGCCCCAGGAGGACGGCCAGGAUGGCGAGCGCGGCUUUCUGGGCGCCGUGGGUGGCGGUAUUGCCGGCGCCGUGGGCGGUAACAAGAUCGGCGGCAAGCUGACGGGCCACAGCAAGACGAGCACCGUGAUCGGUGCUAUUGCCGGUGCCAUUGCCGGGCACAAGAUCCAAGACGGAGUGUCGGAUUGGAAGGAACACCGGGACGAGGAGAAGGAGAAGAAGAAGAAGGAAGAGGAGGAGCGCAAGCGGAGGGAGGAGGAGGAGCGGAGGCGCAAGGAGGAAGAGAAGCACCACCGCCCGCAGCACCACGACGAGCGCCGCGCCGACCGCGGCAUCAGCUACGCCGGCGGCUUCAGCGGCUCCUCGCGCGACAUCCGCCUCGACGCCCACGGCGAGUACCUGCUGCACGCCUCCUGCCAGCGCCUCGACGGCUCGUACCAGGCCAGCAGCAUCAGCCUGGCCAAGAUCAUCGAGAACGACCAGGGCAGCUUCCGCUGGGUCUCGAGGCACAACAACAACAACAACAAUAACAGCAACAGCGGCGCCCAGUCGACCGUCACGGUCCAGCCCGGCGACACCCUCCGCCAGAUCGCCGCCCGCUUCGGGACCUCGUUCGAGGAGAUUGCGCGCCUCAACAACAUCGCCAACCCGGACCUCAUCUACCCCGGCCAGGUCCUCCAGGUUCCCGGCCGCGGCAGCAACGAGGGCAACAACAACAACAACAAUAACAGCAGCACCCUUGCCUCCUCGGCGCGCAACCUCCGGCUCUCCGACGGCGGCAGCCGGCUCGACGGCGAGCUGCUCCGCGACGGCCGCUGGAUCGGGAGCUCCAUCAUCCUGGACGAGAGGAUAAGCAACAACAACGGCACGCUGACCUAUAUCGAGUGAGAUCCGGAAAAAAAAGAAAAGAAAAAGAAAAAAGAAAAAGGGGGGGGGGGGGUGGUGUACACACGACCAUGUACAUGCCUACAUGGUACAUGUGCUUGCUAGAGAAUCCGAUCAACCAACGGACACCGCACUGCCGGCGCUAUAUUGGCCAUCAGGUGGAAAGAGAAGAGGAAGAAGAGGGAGGGCUUGAAACAAGAGAUAAAAUAAAAUAAAAAAAAAGAAGAGAAGAAGUCUAAGAUACCAAUGUAAUAAGAAUGAAGAAUCCAAUAUAUAAUUCGUUG